AUGGCGUUCAAUGCUCCCAAGCCUGUUGACGAGCUUGUAUAUGCAUGGUCCAGCGACCUAAUCCCAACCGCCUCAGAACACCAGGCCAUGGCCCGCCCACCAGCCUCGCACGCCAAUCUAGUGCAGCAAUACGUCUAUGAUCCGUCACACCAGAUAUCACCAAUUGACCAAGGGCGGCCCUCCAGCCGGCAGCGCCGCCAAAUCGGUCUGUUUGAAGUUGAUUGCGCAGGCAGGUUCACUGUUUGUGAGGAUGGCUCGGGUCCGCAAAUCGACAGCAAGAGUACAUCGAGCUCGGUAUAUGCAGAGAUCCAUUCGACGCCAGAUAAAAACUCUGUCCCGAGCGACGACGACACUCCAAAUGAGGCCGAUGUGGAGGGAAUUUCAGUUCCACCAGACCUCGGCGUACUGUGCACUGGCUCAUGGCAAGAAAGAAUGUCAUGUGAUCCUGUCUUAUCAUGGCGUGUUGAAGCGGUCACCCAGGAAGACCUUGAUGAAAUGGCUCUAAUAGAGUCUCAAAAGUCACAGGCACUCUAUAAUGGCCCAGUUGCUGAGAAGCUAAAGCACUCAAAUAAUUGGAAACUGGGCAAAGCUGCCUCAGGAUCUGUUACUGAAUCUACCGACUACUCAGUACCAGGCAUGACUGAGGGCAGCUCAAGGGAAACGGACACCUCAUGUCUUCCAGAUCGCGCAACUCACCUCGAAGAUAACCAAAUGGAUAGUCCGGUAGACAACGCCUUCUCAUUCCCGGACGAGAUGACUGCAGGCUGCGGAUCUGGCCGUUUCAAGUCUGAUUUGACUCUCAUCGGCAUGUUUAACGCGAAUAGUGAACCCAAGGAUCAAGGAGGUCGGUUCCAACCCUACUCCGUUCCAGGACACCUUGAUGCAGAUGGCUUUCCAGAGGUCUGGACCGAGCAAUCCCAGCAAAACUGCAAUGCUUCGUAUGAAAUCCCCGGUCUUGUCUCAAUUCCUGGAGCAACCGGAGAAGACGACGUCUCUGGUGCGGCCGAUGAGGAAUCUUCAGAAUCAGACUCUGUCUGGAUGUCAGAUUAUUCCGAAAGCGUGCCGGUUCUUCCGGAUGGCCAUCCCUUCCUUCGUGUAAAGUCGAAGGCGACGGAAGAAGCCCUUCGUUUAUAUGAGAUUUAUUAUAACUAUACCAGAGACAAGGACACGCCAAGUGCAUCGUGUGUAGCUGAUGCUGGAGAUAAUACGUCUUCUGGUCAAGCCCCACGCGUAUCAUCUUUGGUUGGAUCGUCUAGCUCAUCAUCUGGAAGUAAACGAGCGAGCGAUGGUGCAGAUCAGGAUGGAAUGGAUGACAACAAUGGCCAGAAUGGCGCCAAUGGAAGAGGCCCUCCGAGGAAACGCGUUCGUGCAAGCAAAAAGUCGGCUGGUCGAGAACCAUCCUUGGCCUGCCCAUAUGCGAAGAAAGAUCCUAUCAAGUAUCGCUCAUGUUACUCGUUCAACCUCAAAAGAGCGAAGGAUGUGAAACAACACCUAUCUCGAUGUCAUCAGCUACCGAUAUAUUGUGCCCGCUGCAAGGAGAUUUUCCCCUCAGAGGAUGAACGAAAUGAACAUCUUGAGGUUGAUAUAAGUGCAAUGUGCCCGGUUCAGAAUAUUGUUUACGAUGGUGUCACAAGAGAGCAGAAGGAACUAUUAGCAAGGAGAGUCAGCCAUCGUAUGACCCUUGAAGAUCAAUGGUUCUCCAUUUUUGACAUUCUUUUCCCAAACCAUCACCCGAAACCAAGAUCCGCUUAUGUGAACACGGACUUGACGAUUGAGAUGGAAACAUUCCAAGACAUGAUGGUUGCCGAGGGCCCUCGGAUUAUCUCCACGACUCUUGCAUCACACAAUAUAGUCCCCGCAUCAAUUUCAUCAAAUCCGGAAAGUGAUCUAUCUUCUUUGUUUGAGAUUGUCCUGAUGGAAGCGCUAGUGAAAAUUGCUGAUAGGUGGACUGCGAACUUGGUUGAAGAUUCGACAACAAGCGAUGAAAACGGUGGUGACUCAAUUCUAGCAGUAUCCUCUCGUGCUCAGGCCAACACCGAACAGUCUGCGUCAUCUUCGGAUACAUUGGUUACAAGCAGACCAAAUAGCCAGCAACCACCCUCACUAUUGAAUCGCAGCCUCGAAGAAACUGACAACAUAGCGUCGUUACCUAAAAGGACUGAUGUUCCUGAUCAAGCGACGAACGAUGAGGUCUUACCAAUGAUGAAUAAUACAACGAGGAAUGAAUUACAGGAGUCAAGGCAAUCUCGUACGAUGAUCGAACAUGCGCCAAACGAAUUCCAAUCCAACCCUUCAACAGAAAGUCAGAUUCCAUUUAGCCACCCGGACAACAUAAGUGAUCUACUUGAAUCUCCAGACUUCAUGCUAUUGGAUGGACUUUUAGAAGAUCAUGGGCCACCCGGAUCAUGGGACAACUUCAGGUUCGAAGAAGAACCUGAUGAAGCGAUGGUCAACAAGUUAGAUAAUGGUUCUGCCUCCGCCUACAGAGACUGGGAGACUCCCCUCUGA